AUGCCCACAGCUAUACAGAAAGGACGGAAGCUCGCUCCCGAGAAAGAGAGAUUCAUCCAGUGCUGUGCAGAUAUCUCACUAGAGCUAGUGGCGUCUCUUAAAACUUCCAAAGAUGUGAACCUCAAUGGUCUCAUCACUAGAUAUGCCAAGAAGCACAAACUAAAGCAUCAACCCAGACUCACAGACAUCAUAUCGUCUAUUCCAGAUCAGCAUAAAAAGUACCUCAUACCCAAACUCAAAGCCAAGCCCGUCAGAACAGCAUCUGGUAUCGCUGUUGUUGCGGUGAUGUGUAAGCCUCACAGAUGUCCUCAUAUAGCUUACACUGGUAAUAUUUGUGUCUACUGUCCUGGUGGGCCAGAUUCUGACUUUGAAUACUCCACCCAAUCUUAUACUGGAUAUGAACCGACUUCCAUGAGAGCCAUUCGUGCACGUUACGAUCCUUACGAACAAGCGAGAGGUAGAAUCGAACAGCUCCGGGCAUUAGGUCACUCCAUUGACAAAGUCGAGUAUAUCAUCAUGGGAGGCACAUUUAUGUCUUUGCCUCAAGACUACAGAGAGGGUUUCAUCACCCAGUUGCAUAAUGCCCUUUCAGGUUAUAAUGGAAAAAACCUCGAUGAGGCGAUCAUGUUUUCUCAACAGUCUCAAACGAAGUGUGUUGGUAUCACCAUUGAGACAAGACCUGAUUAUUGUACUGAAACUCAUCUUAGUGAUAUGUUGAAGUACGGUUGUACAAGAUUAGAAGUCGGUGUACAAUCAGUAUACGAGGAUGUGGCAAGGGAUACCAACAGAGGACACACGGUGAAGGCUGUGUGUGAAACAUUUGCUGUGGCAAAAGAUGCUGGUUACAAAGUGGUCAGCCAUAUGAUGCCAGAUUUACCUAAUGUUGGCAUGGAGCGUGAUCUUCAUCAGUUUAUUGAGUAUUUUGAAAACCCCGCAUUCAGAACCGAUGGUCUCAAGAUUUAUCCCACCUUAGUCAUCAGAGGAACUGGUCUUUAUGAGCUUUGGAAGAAAGGCCUUUAUAAGUCAUACAAUGCCAACGCUCUUAUCGACUUAGUUGCUAGAAUAUUGGCGCUUGUGCCGCCGUGGACUCGUAUUUAUCGUGUGCAGCGAGACAUCCCUAUGCCAUUGGUUUCUUCCGGUGUUGAAAAUGGUAAUUUGCGUGAGUUAGCGCUCGCCAGAAUGAAAGAUUUUGGUACCACUUGUCGUGAUGUCCGUACUAGAGAAGUUGGUAUUCAAGAAGUUCAUCACAAGGUCUCGCCUGACCAGGUCGAGCUCAUCAGAAGAGAUUACACGGCCAAUGGCGGCUGGGAAACAUUUUUGUCCUAUGAAGAUCCAAAGCAAGACAUUCUUAUUGGAUUGUUGCGUCUCAGAAAGGCCACAAAGAAAUACACAUUCAGGAAGGAAUUCACCUCGCAGCCCACAUCCAUUGUUCGUGAGUUGCAUGUUUACGGAUCUGUCGUUCCGUUACACUCAAGAGACCCAAGAAAAUUCCAGCAUCAAGGUUUUGGUACACUUUUGAUGGAAGAGGCCGAAAGAAUUGCAAGAGAAGAGCACAGGUCGAAGAAGAUUAGUGUGAUUUCUGGCGUCGGUGUAAGAAACUACUACGCUAAAUUGGGUUACGAGGUUGAUGGUCCUUACAUGUCGAAGAUGCUUUGA